AUGAGCUCAGGUGAGUAGCCUAGACCUUCUGAACUUUUUCGUAAAUUCUUAGACUUUUGCAUCUCUUGUGUUGCUAUGCUAUUACGUUUGAGUUUUUUGUGAUAUUGUUGAUUUUGGAAUAUUGUUUUUGGAUACAUCACAGCUGUAAUUGUGCAUUAUGAUGUUGAAGAAUCUGGUACACUUUCUAUUGUUGUACUUCUCAUAUGACCAGGUAAAAACCAAGUAAACGUUGAAGAAUAUGUGAGAUGACUUAAUUCAAAGUAUUUUCAACUAUACCAAUGUUCAUAUCAAACUUGUGAAAAGAUGACUGUUAUUUCAUAUACAUAAUUAAAAGUGUGCAAUUCCCUAGUCAGUCUACUAGAUGCUACAUUCAAUCAAUUCAACAAUAUCAUGACUCUUACUUACCGGAUUAGUUUAAUGCAAAAUGUUUGUGUUAGUAAUAUUUUAGUCAUAUUAUAUAGCAGCAACAUUUAGUGAAAUAACUUGUAUUUAUCAAGGGAGCUGGAGCCCCGUAAAGCAUAAGGUAAUGUUUUUCAUAGAGAGACUGAUUUGAACAUGGAUGGAUAAAACACAUUUACAACAUGUUACAUAUUGGUUUGACUUGCAAUAUGAGGCUUUUAUUAGUGGCCAUUGCACCUGUGAAAAUCUCCCUAUUUCCACCAUCUUCUUUUAGCCGAGGACCUGCUCAUCAUCUAUGAGGCGGAGGCAGAGCAGUGGGCUGUAUACCUGCGCUCUAUCUUUGCCGGACCAGUCCCGGAGGGAGGGAUCUGUUGCUAUGACAUCGCCACGGUGACCAGCCGGCGGGAGGACUUCCUGCGACUGGGCCAGUACAAGGUCAAGCUGUUAAUCCUGUCCAGGGGCAUGCUAGAGGGCCUGUGCCAGCUCCGACGCUUCUUCCUGGCCCGGGUGCUGAACCCUGCGGCCCACGUGGUGGUGCUCCUAUGUGGGGUGGAUAGCCUGGCGCCCCUCCUGGAGGUGGUGCCCCUCAAGGGGGACGAGUGUCUGCAGAUAUCCAGCGAGCAAGACGCCGACGAGUACAUGUCGGCUGUGACCGACAUCGUGCAGAGAGGUAAAGGGGAAGGGCAGAGAGAGGGAUCAUGGGAGGUUGGAUGCAGUGUAGAGGGUCUGCAAUCCCCCCAAAAUAGUUAUUUUAUGCUUAUUCAACAAUGAAUUAUAUAAUAAUAAUUGUAUUCAUUCCUGAGGCAACAAGUGGGAAGUAGAUGCGUGGAUCGGAAAACCAGUCAGUAUCUGGUGUUACCACCAUUUGCCUCAUGCAGCGCGACACAUCUCCUUCGCAUAAAGUUGAUCAGGCUGUUGAUUGUGGCCUGUGGAAUGUUGUCCCACUCCUCUUCAAUGGCUGUGGGUGAAGUUGCUGGAUAUUGGCAGGAACUGGAACAUGCUUUCGUACACGUCGAUCCAGACCAUCCCAAACAUGCUCAAUCAUUGACAUUUCUGGUGAGUAUGCAGGCCAAUGAAGAACUGGGACAUUUUCGAGGAAUUGUCUACAGAACCUUGCGACAUUGGGCCCGUGCAUUAUCAUGCUGAAAUAUUAGGUAAAGGCAGCAGAUGAAUGGUACGACAAUGGGGCCUCAGGAUCUCGUCACGGUAUAUCUGUGCAUUCAAACUGCCAUCGAUAAAAUGCAAUCGUGUUCAUUGUCCGUAGUUAAUGCCUGCCCAUACCAUAACCCCAGCGCCACCAUGGGGCACUCUGUUCACAACGUUGAGAUCAGCAAACCUGUCACCCACAUGACGCCAUACACGUGGUCUGCGGUUGUGAGGCCGGUCUGAUGUACUGCCAAAUUCUCUAAAACAAUGUUGGAGGCAGGUUAUGGUAGAGAAAUUAACAUUAAAUUCUCUGGCAACAGCUCUGGUUGACAUUCUUGUAGUCAGCAUGCCAAUUGCUUAUGUUGUGUGACAAAACUGCACAUUUUAGAGUGGCCUUUUGGACUUCCACUCUUUCUAUUCUGGUUAGAGCCAGUUUGCUCUGUUCUGUGAAGGGAGUAGUACACAGCGUUGUACGAGAUCUUCAGUUUCUUGGCAAUUUCUCGCAUGGAAUAGCCUUCAUUUCUCCGAACAAGAAUAGACUGACGAGUUUCAGAAGGAAGUUCUUUGUUUCUGGCCAUUUUGAGCCUGUAAUCGAACCCACAAUCGCUGAUGCUCCAGAUACACAACUAGUCUCAAGAACGCCAGCUUUAUUGCUUCUUUAAUCAGCACAACAGUUUUUAGCUGUGCUAACAUAAUUGCAAAAGGGUUUUCUAAUGAUCAAUUAGCCUUUUAAAAUGAUAAACUUGGAUUAGCAAACACAACGUGCCAUUGGAACACAGGACUGAUGGUUGCUGAUAAUGGGCCUCUGUACGCCUAUGUAGAUAUUCCAUAAGAAAUCAGCCAUUUACAGCUACAAUAGCCAUUUACAACAUUAACAAUGUCCUACACUGUAUUUCUGAUCAAUUUGAUGUUAUUUUGAUGGACCAAAAAUGUGAUUUUCUUUUGAAAAUAAGGACAUUUCUAACUGACCCCAAACUUUUGAACGGUAGUGUAUAUAUAUAUAUAUAUAUGGUGGGUGUUUUGUCUACAUACUUGAAAUUGUUGAAUGCACAAUUAUCACAGUAAAUCCAACGCAUGAUCUUGAUAUUCAAGUGAAUGUAAAAGUCAUAGUUCCCGUACAUAAUAUCUGAAAUAAACAAAAUAGAGAAUCAUUUUAUGAUCAUUCCCGUUGCCUAUUAGUGGACUUGAUUGCUUCCGGACAUGGCUGCGAGGUGAAAAGUUGUGGCUACCUACAUCUGUUGAAUUUUAUUAUUUUUAAAGUAAUUGCCUCAGAAAAUAUGCCAAUCAGCAGACUUGCCUCACAGGCGACGUCUGCACACCAAUUUCCAUACAACUGGGCAUUGUCAAAUCACAGAUAGCGCAUACCUGCAGCUCAAGUCAACACUCAAGCUAGUAAAGUAGCAAAUAAUGGGAGGUCAGACACAAACAGGGCCAGAUUACUGAACUGGCACGCAGGCCCUGGGGCCCCGACCUCUAGAAUUUCAGGAAGUUAGUUGUUUUCCCCCUCAAAAACCAGUUUCUCAAAAACAAAACAAGAAUUUUAACACUUUUCGCAUGGGGGGGGGGGGGCAUGGCACUGGAGGUAGGUGCCCCGGGGCAUCAGAUGUGGACACAAAGUGUAGGAACACAAUGUCCCUGGCUCUAGUUAAGUGUUGCAGCUGUUAGACAGUAGCUUGUGUUCAGUUUGGCCUCGGUUUCCAUGAGAACACUACGUAUUCUGAGGAAUUUGACAGUAAUUAUUUCCUGAGUCACUCUCUACUCUGCUUCCCAGUAAGAGUUUUCUGAGAAAUUUGAAACCAUCUGCUGCCAUCUAUAUUGUUUUGUAAAAUGGACGGGAGGUCCAAAAGGUAUGUUUGUCUGCCGAUGUGUCUCAUCAUUCAAAUUCUCCCUUUCCUCUUUCGUCACCAGUGGCCAUUAUCUCUCUUUAUGCAAAUCCAAAAAUAUCCUACUUAGUCUCAUCCUGGUGUGGCACGCACAGUCAGUUCUGGCUAAUCUUUGUAAACUACUGUAAAACUCAAAUGUAGAUUUUAAAGCAACUCAGAAAUGUAGAUAUUCACUGUUGCUUGGGAUAUUUGAAUCUCAUGAUUUGCAGACAACAGUGAAACACUUGAGCCAAAAUUAUUUUCCAGAUGGGGACAAAGGCCCAAGGCGGGUGGCAGGUAGCCUAGCGGUUAUGGGCGUUGGGCCAGUAACUGAAAGGUCGAUGGUUCGCAUCCCCGAGCUGAUUAGGUGAAAAAUCGCUGUGCCCUUGAGCAAGGCACUUAACCCUAGUUGCUCCUAUAAGUCGCUCUGGAUAAGAGCAUCUGCUAAAUUACCAAAAUGUAAAUGUAAGGCCAUCUGGCACCAAAUACAAUGGUAGGGGAAACACUAAGUAUUUAAUGUUGGCUUGACUGUCGGUGGACCUUCCACAGGGCACCAGGCUGCAGCAGGGAACGUCAGUUCUGUUCCUGGGAAGUUGACAGGACUGGAGCUAAACCUAAAGUUGGAGAGCAGGCAGUCUACCGGAGCCUCCAGUACCAAACCCAACAACAUGCUGCUGGUCCCCUCCAGAGUUCCCUGUGGGGUGAGGCACUAACAUGUCAGGAGGACACAUCAAAGCAUUCAGUGACAUGACUUAUUCAGCCAGUCAUACAUAAAAUGUACUGUAAGAAGAUUUAUGCAAACAAUAUAGAUCCAAAAUGUAGUCAUGUUACUUUUACAUUACAAAUUGGUAUUUUCUACCGUAAAAAAAAAAACAUUUAAUAGAGCUGCUUUUUACAUUGUCAGAAUGUCAACCAAUGUACUUUUUUUUUUUGUUACAGUACGUUUAUGUCUUGUGUUCUUCCCUCCUGUAGACACCAGGCGAGGUGUUCAUUAUUUUAAAAGACACUGUGGCCAGUAAAGAUGCUGAGGUUGAGUUCAGUAGGAGUAAACAGAGGGUGAGAGUGAAACCUGUCCACUGGAACAAACACACCCUCUGUGUGAACGCAGCAGGUAAGUGAAAAUUCAAUGGCAUUGUUGCUUAUUGUAGAGAGUCAUUCCACCUCAAAAAGCACAAGAAAGAGGAUUUCGACAAUCACCAUUUCAGAUUGUUAUGAAAUCGUUUCUAUAAUUAGAAACAGAUCAGAUUAACAGGAUUCAUAUAAUAUUCAAUAAAUAUAGUACCUAACAUCUGAUUUGGAACAUAAUUCUUCCUACCAAUGAGUAAGACAUUAGGAAUCCAAUAAAAUGAUCAAGGCCACCCACGGACCCCCCACACCCACGCCAAUCCCACCCCAACAACCAGUAUAGAGUAUCAGUUCUCUGUCUGACAAGUAGUGUGGGGCUGCUGCUUGGAGUAAUGCUUCUUCGUCCUUUGUAAUGUAUUCCCUGUGAAUCUGGUGAUGUAAGUCGCUUGCAUUAUUUACCAUAAAUGAGUGUGAAAGUACCAUGUUUUGCCCACUAGAUGCCACUGUUCCUGCUACUGCCACCACACCCUUGUAUCCAUUUCCUGGUCUCUUGUGUUUAUUAAAUCGAUCACAACAUUUUCUUUGCAAAAAUGGGCAGAAAACCAAUAGGUUUUGCUCAUGAUGAAAAUAAAUUGUGUGGUCAUCCUCGCAAUUCAAUCCUCCAUGAAAGCAAUUCAGUUUGUCCUUCUCUUUGUGUCCAGAAAAUGGCCCCUCUGUGUGUGGUUUAUUCCCUUCAAAAAAGGUAUGGAUUAGUUAGACCAUUCCUGGCAUACAAGCGAACCAUUAGGUUACAGCAGUUCUAAUGGUUACAAUGUUAUGUUCUCUAAUCGUCUUUAAUGGUAAAAAAAUCCAGGCUCUGUCGCAGCCGGCCGUGACCGGGAGACUCAUGGGCGGCGCACAAUUGGCCCAGCGUCGUCCAGGGUAGGGGAGGGAAUGGCCGGCAGGGAUGUAGCUCAGUUGAUAGAGCAUGGCGUUUGCAACGCCAGGGUUGUGGGUUCGAUUCCCACGGGGGGCCAGUAUAAAAAAAAGAUAUAUAAUGUAUUCACUAACUGUAAGUCGCUCUGGAUAAGAGCGUCUGCUAAAUGACUAAAAUGUAAAUGUAAAUGUUAAAGUCCCAAACACACACUGUAUAGUGUUUUGCGAUGGUAAUUGUAUUGGUUUUUCUAAGAAUUUUAUUGAAAAACAUCUGACUGCCAUGCAAUGGUUUAUAAUUGUAUUAUUUUAUUAGGGUUGUCACAACAUUUUAGUCACUAGCCCAUUUCUCCAUCAAAGUUUUGGGCUUGUAGGAAUUUCACCAUACGGAUAACCCCCAGAGAGCUGCAAUUUGUUGCAUUAAAUUGACCACACAAUUUAUUUUCGUCAUGAGCAAAGCUAUUGGAUUUCUACCCAAAGUUGCAAAGAAAAUGUUGUGAUCCAUUUAAUAAACACAAGAGACCAGCAAAAUUGAUAAAAGGGUGUGGUGGCAGAACCUGGUACUUAAACACUAAUUUAUGGUAAGUAAUGCAAGUGACUUCAAUGGCUAAUUCCUCUGAACGGGGGGGGGGGGGCAUCACCAGAUUCACAGGAAAUACAUUACAAAGGAUGAAGAAGCAAUACUCCAAGCCACAGCUCCAUAGUACUUGUCAGACAUAGAGAACAGAUGAUACUGUAUACUGGUUGUUGGGGUGGGAUUGGCAUGGGGUGUGGGUGAUCCGUGGGUGGCUUUUGACAAUUUUUUGGGAUUCCUCAUGUCUUACUCAAUGGUAGGAAGAUGUUUGGUCCAAAUCGGAUGUUGGGUACUAUUUUUGUUGAAUAUUAUGGAAUACCAUAAAUUAAAAGGGCCAAUUUGGGUGCAAACAAUUAGCUUAAUUUCAAGGAGAUCAAAUAAAAUGUCAACAAAAUAUUGUUCCAGGAAUGCUAAUCUUAUCUGUUUCUAGCAACAUAAAUAAUUUCAGAACAAUCUGAGAUGGUGGAUGUCAUGGGUGCUGAAAUGACAUGGAAUGACCCUAGAGCGACUUAAUUACUUUGUCAGAGAGCACGCAACAAAAUACCAUGGUUUCUAAAAUUAUGAUGCCAAAUGCUUAUGAGACAUGUUAUAAUUUUUCUUUCUGUUGCAGACUUCCCAGCAGGAAGUGUGGGCGUAACACUGUACUGUAGUGGGGUGGUGAUGGGGAAGGCCCAUCUGCAGUACUACAGCACCAUGGAUGAGAUGGCUUGCCUUCUGACCAGGGUGGCAGACCCUGUGGACUUCAUGUGCCAGGUAUGCCCAGGCCAUAGCAGCUCAGGGAACUUGGGGAGGGAAGCCCUCACUAGAACAAUAUGAUCAUUCAGUUGAUUGGUUUACCAUGAAGGCCAUUUGUACAGUCGGUAUACAGUACGACUUGCCAACACCUGGAGGAAUAUUACAUUGAUAAAAACUUUAUUUUGAACAGUGGAGGCUCCUUAGAGGAGGAAAAGGAGGACCAUCCUCCACAGUAAAUUUCAUACAAAUAAAAAUAGUGAAACAUUUAAAAAAGUUAUCCUUUUUAGAUAAAACUAUACUAAAUAUAUUCACGUCACCAAAUAAUUGAUUAAAACACACUGUUUUGCAAUGAAAGUCUACAGUAGCCUCAGCAGUACUCUGUAGGGUAGCACCAUGGUGUAGCUGGAAGACAGCUAGCUUCUGUCCUCCUCUGGGUACAUUGACUUCAAUAAAAACCUAGGAGGCUCAUGGUUCUCACCCCCUCCCCUAGACUUACACAGUAAUUAUGUCAACUUCCGGAGGACGUCCUCCAACCUAUCAGAGCUUUUGCAGCAUGAACUGACAUGUUGUCCACCCAAUCAAAAGAUCAGAGAAGAAUCUAGUACUGAAAGCAUAAGCUACAGCUAGCUAGCACUGCAGUGCAUAAAAUGUGGUGAGUAGUUGACUCAAAGAGAGAAAGACAACAGUUGAACAGUUUUUGAGAGAGAGAGAGAGAGAGAGAGAGAGAGAGAGAGAGAGAGAGAGAGAGAGAUACUUUUACUUAGCGAAUGCAGCUAGCUAGUUUAGCCUACAGAGAGGGAUGCUAUGUUAGCUAGCUGGCUAUGGCUAUCCAACACUGGAACUCUUCCAAGUCAAGGUAAGCUUUUGGUUUUAUUAAUUUAUUGCCACCUGGGCCCGCCGGUGUAACUGCUUUCUGACUGUACACUGUACUGCAUGAUUGAAGCGGGUUUAUUAACGUGUUAGUUCUAGUAGCUAUGUUGACUAUGACAUGACAACGAUGUAGGCUGUGUUUAGCAGUCAUGAUAUGAAGGUUUGGCUUGGAAAGGUUUUUUCGCCUGCUCACAGACAGCUGAUGUGUUGUGCACUGAAGUCCACAAGCGAAGGGAAAAGGUGAGAGGAGGAGAGCACGUAGAUAGUUGCGAGAAGAACGGAACGAAACGGGGAUAAACGUACCUGAAUUUGUCCAAUAGAAACUCACAUUUGCAACUGUUGGACUAAUGAUUACACCCUAGAUCAGCUAGAUGCAGGAAAACGUGUGCAAGGAGGUAUUGAAUGUGUCAAUGUCUGUCACCUUUAUUACUCAAAAUUAUCUCGACCUGUGCACCUACGUUGUAAACUUUCAUUCAUAGUCUAGGUUGUAGCAACCUCAUGAUGGGUACAGGGAAAAUUUGAGUAUAAUGUAGUAGCCUAAACCUAUCGCUGUUACAUUGAGCUGGGUGAAUGGAAUAUGAAUGACAGUCAUCCAAUAUGCUAUAGUAGAGAUAAGGCCCACAAAAAAAAAUUAGCAUCCUCCCUCAUCUCAUCCCCCCCUUUUGCCCUUACAAGAGCCUCAAUUCGUCGGGGCAUGGACUCUACAAGGUGUCCAAAGCGUUCCAUAGGUAUGCUGGCCCAUGUUGACUCCAAUGCUUCCCACAGUUGUGUCAAGUUGGCUGGAUGUCCUUUGGGUGGUGGACCAUUCUUGAUACACACAGGAAACUGUUGAGCGUUAAAAACGACCAUAACUAGUUCAAAAGGCACUUAAAUAUUUGUUCUUGCCCAUUCACCCUUUGAAUGCCACACACACACAAUCCUUGUCUCAAUGCUUAAACAUCCUUCUUUAACCUGUCUCCUCCCCUUCAUCUACACUGAUUGAAGUGGAUUUGACAGGUGACAUCAAUAAGGGAUCAUAGCUUUCACCUGGUCAGUCUGUGUCAUGGAAAGAGCAGGUGUUCUUAAUGUUUUGUAUACUCAGUGUAUGUCGCUUGUUAGUAUCACUCACUCUGCCCCUAUUAGUUUACAUAGCACUUAUCUCCCUACACACAGGCAAUGAAAUUAUGCCAUACAUAAUAAUUCAUGAUUCAUUCACAUCUGUAGCACUUGACAUAGCUGAAAUGACUUGGCUAUGACAGUGUGCUAGGGUUACAAAAUUCUGGAAACUUUCCCAAAAUUCCUCAGGAAUUUAGGUGGGAAGAUUCCCAGAAUCAAGAGGAAUUAGCAGAAAAACUUUUUUGUGAAAGUGACCAGAAUUUUGCAACCCUGUGCUCAUGCAUCCUGGCCUGUGAUCUCAGUCUCUUCAGGUGUCCUCGGUGGAGAAGCUGGACCAAAGGCUGUCCUCCAUGCUGUUGGAAGCCAUGCCCUCCACAGGCUUCCAGGGACUGCAGGGAGAUUACCCACCCGAAGGAGGUAAGUGUUCUGUUGUCUGUACCCCCUCGACAAUCCAUAGUCAAUUAAAUGAUCUGCUGACAUUCAUAUUUUAUGUUAUGUGAUAUUUAAACAUCAAUAUAUGAGUAAAUACAUUUACCAUCCAGUGCAAUAGUUACACACCUGUGGACACUACUAAAAUGCUCUGAAUUGUGUAAACUGAUAAUUAAUCAAAGGUUGUCAUGCUCUCACAGUGAUCUUAGAUACACAGAGGUUUCUUUCUAUCUCACAACAUUCUUUACAUUUAGAUAAGAAAAGAGGCCAUAAUUACAGUCCUUCAAUGUUGUUUACUUUUCAUGUAUUAAUUGGAUGCAGGUGUUGAAACACAUAAUAGCUAUUCUGUUCACCAAGAGGAACAUGCCAAUUACAGGAGACUGUGUCCGUAAUGUUGUUAACGCUAUUUGUGGAAAAUAACUGCAGAGAUAUGUAAUAGACUAAUGAGUCACAUUUAUUAGAAGUAAUGUUAGAUAACUCAUUAACCAUUCUUAGAAUAACAGCUUUUCAUACCACAAUUUACAAUAUCUCCAGAGAUUCACAUUGAUAUAGUUUUUCCCAUUAUAAUGAAUCAUUUAGUUGACACGUGGCUACACCAUGGAUGCAAUGUGUCUUCUGGAGGUUGUCCUCCACAUCUGAUCAUGAUUAGAUCAUAUUGGGGCUUUUCCAUCAAUCUUGCCGGUGCUGCACAGUUAUGUGUAAAUUUCAAUCAAAAAAUUGACAAGCACUUCAGCAUUCAUAACAGUUUUCCUAGCUCGCUUAAGUGCAAUAUCAAUGAUUUAAAGUUGGUCACAAAAACAACUAAUUAUGAUAUUGACUACUGCCCAUUGUGCAUGAUUUCUGUUUUCAAUUUAAUACAUUGAUUUGGGAAAUUAGGUCAAACUGUCUAUUACAAAGUUUGCGUAACCUGUAAUAGUAUUUGUAUUUGUAUUUAUUAUGGAUCCCCAUUAGCUGCUUCCAAGGCAGCAGCUACUCUUCCUGGGGUCCAGCAAAAUUAAGGCGACAGAGGAAGGAGGCGGCAGGCUUUGGAAAAGCGGUCCACAACGACCAGGAUGGUGGUGUUACCUUGAGAGAGGAGAAGAUCAGUAAGGAAAUCAAUACUCAAGUGGGACCAUGGCCAUUGUGGAACUGGUAAAGGCUGUAACUUACCCGCUGGGAAGUGCCUAGGUGCCUUACUCUGGGCGCACACCGCGCAGGAGGAGCCAUACACCCUCACGUCCUUAGCCAAGGUAGGCCACCAGUACUUUCCGGUCAGGCAGCGCACUGUACGACCGAUACCUGGGUGACGUGUGUGCCCAGAAGAUCAGACGAUCACGGAUAAGAGCAGGCACGUACUGCAGCCCAGCUGGACACUGAGGUGGAGAUGGAUCUGUGUGUAAUGCCUGCUCAAUAUCCGCGUCCAUCGCCCAUACUACCGGCUCCACAAUGCGGGAGGCCGGGAGUAUGGGGGUGUUGUCUCUGGGCCUCUCCUCUGUGUCGUACAGCCGUGACAGUGCGUCUGCCUUCACGUUCUUCGUACCCGGGAUGUAUGAUAGUGUAAAAUCAAACCGGGUGAAAAAUAGGGCCCACCUGGCCUGGCGAGGGUUCAGCCUCCUCGCUGCCCAGAUGUACUCCAGGUGAUAAUGCGGUAUCCGAGGAAGGAGACUGACUUUUGGAAAAACAGACACUUUUCUGCCUUGGCAUAAAGGUCAUGUUCCAACAGUCGGGCCAGCACUUUGCGAACCAGGGACACAUGCUCGCCGCGCGUAGCGGAAUACACCAGAAUGUCAUCGAUGUAGACCACUUCACCGCGACCAAGCAUGUCCCGAAACACCUCGUUCACAAAGGACUGGAAGACGGAUGGAGCAUUCAUUAAACUGUACGGCAUCACCAGGUAUUCGUAAUGCCCCGUGGUUGUGCUGAAUGCUGUCUUCCAUUCGUCCCUCUCUCGGACACGCACCAGGUUGUACGCACUCCAGAGAUCUAAUUUUGUGAAGAAGCGCACCCCAUGCAUUGACUCGAUCACAGAUGGAAUGAGGGGUAGAGGAUAACUAAAUUGUAUCGUCCCCUUGUUCAGUGAUUGGUAAUCAAUGCAAGGGCGCAGACCUCCGUCUUUCUUCUUCACAAAAAAUAAACUUGAGGAGGCGGGUGAAGUGGAGGGACGUAUAAACCCCUGGCGCAGGGACUCGGAGACGUAUGUCUCCAUAGCCUCCGUUUCAGCCUGCGACAGGGGAUACACAUGACUCCGAUGAGGUGGUAAUUUGGUCACCUGCGUUUUGGAAAACGCGUGCGCCAAAUCGAGGUAUUCGGGGGGAAUACGCACAGUGGAGGUACUGUCUGGACUUUCCACCGUGGUUGCACCAACGGAAACCUAGACACCUACCCUGACACUCUCGUGACCACCCCGUGAGAACCCUCUGCGGCCAUGAAAAGGUGGGGUUGUGGAGUGCUAACCAGGGAAGACCUAACACAACAGGGAAAUCAGGAGACUCAAUAAUAAAAACUGACUUGCUCUCGAUGAGUCUCGUGUGUAACCAUAGUGACUGGUGCUGUAACCUCCCUAACAAACCCGGACCCUAAUGGUCGACUGUCAAGUGCUCUGAUGGGGAGUGGAAUGGAUAGGGGAACCAACGGUACCGGGCAGGCCCAAUGCAGGAUGUCCUCUGGCCGCCAGCAGGUUGUCCAACCGGAUGGCCAUGUCCACCAGUUGAGUGAAGGACAACAUGGUGUCCCGGCAGGCUAGCUCCCUUCGGACGUCCUCCCGUAGAUGGCACCGGAAGUGGUCGAUGAGGGCCCGCUUGUUCCACCCGGACCCAGCUGCUGGUCUGGAACUCCAGGGCGAAGUCCUGCACGGUCCUCGUCCCCUGCCUCAGGUGGACCAGACGCUCGCCCGCCUCUCUACCCUCGGGCGGGUGAUCGAAGACAGCCUGAAAGAGGCGAGCGAACUCCCCGUAGUUGUUCAACGCGGCUCCUCCUUCAUUCCAGAUUGCGUUGGCCCACUCCAGGGCUUUACCCGAGAGGCAGGAGACGAGGGCGGACACCUUCUCCCGCUCCGAUGGGGCCGGGCUGAUGCUUGAAUAGUAUAGCUCCAGUUGGAGGAGGAAUCCAUGGCAGAGAGCAGCUGUCCCGUCGAAAUCCCGUGGUCUGGAUAUAUGGAUCCCUUGGGGGGCUGGAUUUGUUCCGGAAUACAGAGUUACGCAGUAAUGGGUCAAAACAGUCCAGUGCACCAAACAGGCGCACUGGAACCAACAAGGCACACAGAGAAAAUAACCCGGCAAUACAAAUACAAGGAGCUCAACCGAGCUUCACUAACCUCACAAUAAACAAUCACACACAAAGACAAGGGGGCAGAGGGAACACUUAUACAAGUACUGAUGAGGGGAUAUGAACCAGGUGUGUGUAAUAAACAAGACAAAACAAAUGGAAUGAUGAGAUGAGGAGCAGCAGUGGCUAGAAGGCCGCUGACGACGAACGCCGAAGCCUGCCCAAACCAGGAGAGGAGGCAGCUUCGGAGGAAGUCGUGACAGACUUCUCCCCAUCCUAGCUACUGUUGUAUCAAUAUGUUUUAACCAUGACAGUUUACAAUCCAGGGUUACUCCAAGCAAUUUAGUCUCCUCAACUUGCUCAAUUUCCACAUGAUUAAUUACUAGAUUUAAGUUGAGGUUUAGGGUUUAGUAAAUGAUUUGUCCCAAAUACAAUACUUUUAGUUUUUGAAAUAUUUAGGACAAACUUAUUCCUUGCCACCAAUUUUGAAACUAACUGCAGCUCUUUGUUAAGUGUUGCUGUCAUUUCAGAGAUAUGAAUUAAUUCAGUUUAAUCAUUAAAUGAUUUAUCAUACCAUUAGUAUCUCAACCCCAGUUUGCAUUGGUAUUGACCCAAUGUAUGUUUCUCCAAUUUGUUUUUUUACACAUGCCCAAUGACCUGUCGUCCACCCCGGGGUUUGCUCAUUGAGGUAGAUUGAUAGCUUAAUCAGUUUCUAGCAUUGAUUCUUUACUCUGCCCAAAGGAUUGGGGUGGAGGAGGGAUGUAUACAUGCCCGGGAGCAGUCUUUAUGCAUUAAACAUUCAGCAUUAAUUUAAAUGUUUCUAAUGUUUGUUUUGAGUUUAAUCAAAUUCGAAUAAUGUAGGUAGUGCUUGACUUGGGCAGGAGCUCACUGGAGCAGAGUACUGGUACAUCAAAUGUUCUACUGCUUGAGCUCCUGUUCUUCUUAUAGAAUAUUUGCUCAAAAGUAUUGUGUAGCUCCUGCACCUAAAUAUAAACAGUAUCGGCACCCACAAUGAGUAGCGGAACAUAUUUCAGUCCAAGUCAAGUACUGAAUGUAGGAAAAAAUGAUCUAAUUUGGUCGUACAUUCUGACUACCUGUGGAUAUUACCUCCGUUAAAUGUGAAUGUGGCUGUAUGAUGUUAAUAAUUUACAUAUUCAAAUAUCCAUAUUCAAGCAUUAUAAAGGGUUCAGAUGCUGUAUCCAUUUUAAAUCUGACUCAACCAAAUGUUGUAGUUGAACUGUAGUUUGUAAGUAAUCCUGAAUCCUAACUUGUCAUCUGUGCAGUAACUUUGUGAUAAAUACUGUUGUGUAUGCUGUUGACCAGGUUCUAUCUGAACUACAGUCUGCCUUCAUUGUAUUACAUAAAAACUUUAUUGACCAGAAAUUAGUAUUGAAUGCAGGUAAAACUAAGUAGAUGUUGUUCUCUAGAGGGCAUAAUAAUAACUCUGAUUUAAGCAUAGGUACUUUGGAUGGAGUCCAUAUUGAUCCUGUUCCUGCUUACAAAUAUCUGGGCAUCUCGACAGAUGAAAAGCUGUCUUUUAAAAAGCAUAUUAAUGAGAAUAAAAGUUUGCUUCUUCUAUAGAAAUAGGUUCAGCCUCUCGCUAAAUAGUAGAAAGCAGAUUAUUCAGCCGAUGUUCCUAUCGGUCCUAGACUAUGGCGGCAUCAUCUAUAUGAACGCAGCUGCCACUUCAUUAAUGCAGAUAGAUGCAGUUUAUCAUAGCGCACUGAACUUUAUUACAGGCAACAAUUUUAGUACUAAUCACUGCAUUCUCUACCAGAAAGUUGGUUGGCCCUCUCUGAAUACAUUGUUAUGUUUUCAUUUAUAAAGCCCUUUUACAAAAAGUCUCACUGUACCUAAUAUUAUUACUAAACUUUAGACAUAUGAGUUACCACACCUGGUCUCCGGGAUGGCUAACUCUGGAAAUUCCUAAAUGCAAGACCUGGUUGUCAAGGUACUUUGUCAGGUCCACUUUCUGCUUGGGCUCAUGAAGGAGCAGUGUUCCAUUACCAGGGAUAGACACCACAUCAAUCUCUUUCUUAGUCACCUCUUUAUUGUUGAGAGGACGCUUGCGAACGCACACACAGAUUCUAUGAGCUUUUAGUUUUCUUGCACCUUAUUUGUGGAACAAUCUUCAACAUGUUCUUACAUUUGAUGUUUUGGUGCCUCUAGGGCAAUUCAGAAAGCUGAUUGAGGACCUUAUAACUGAUGAAUGUGUUAAUUUUUUAUGACAUGUUUAUCUUUCUUUCAGCUUGCAUUUUGUAUUUAUAUUGAUGUGUGUAUUUUCUGCAAUUUAUGUAAUUCAGGGCUCAUCUGUAAAAGAGACCUUAGUCUCAGUAUGACUCCCUGAUGAAAUAAAGGUUAAAUAAAACUUGAAUAUGCACACACAUCUCAAACUAGAAUAUCUAUCUGACUACAUUUUAGGAUGGUUUCUGUCUGCACCUAACCCUAACCCAUCUUAAACAUCUCCUACCAUAACCAGAGGCGCACCCAGAGGAGGUGCCGUCACUUCUCCACUUUGCUGCCCAGAACGGGUUUAAGGACGUCUCCAAUGUGUUGCUACAAUGUCCUGGUGCGAAAAGAGCUCUGUGCACAGCUAACCGCCAAGGUCAGACGCCCGCUGAGAUCGCCCAACAUAAUGGACAUGAUGAGCUCCAUGUAGUGCUGCAGCAGACCCUGGUAAGUACAUUCCCUGGGUCAGAGUAG